CUUCGCUUGUUUUCGUAUCAGCCGCCGCUAUCGCUAAACUUCACAGUCGGCGCCGCAGUCUGACUGGUAGGGCGUACAUUUAACAGAAUACUUCGCACGCUUAACUGGACACACACCUUGACAAUGCAUCCCAUAUCGGUGUCAAUUCCCUCUUUCCGAUCGGAAGACAGUGCGGUGGAAAGAGGCUACACGGUUUUUAAGAUCGAGGUGCUUAUGAACGGACGCCAGCACACCGUGGAGAAGCGUUAUAGUGAAUUCCACGCUCUGCACAAAAUGCUGAAGAAGGUUAUUAAACCUCCUGAGAUUCCCUCAAAGCAUGUGAGGAACUGGGUUCCCAAGGUUCUGGAGCAGAGAAGAUAUGGACUGGAGCUUUAUCUUCAGACUAUAAUCAUGGAAAAUGAGAUCCUUCCAAAAAUAUUCCUGGAUUUCCUCAACAUUCGCCAUUUUCCCUCUCUGCCUAAAACCGAGAGUUGUGGGUCAUUUGAAACCGAAUCAGAAGAGUCAAGUAAACUGACGCAUCAGCCAGCCUUGCUGUUCCUGAGAGACCCUUAUCUACUUCCUGCCACUAAUGAUACGUUUUCAAGCGUUGUCAUUGAGGGUGUGAUUCAUGGGAUAUUCUACCCAGACCUACAGCCAAGGUAGACCAGAGCUGCCCCAACACUGAAGAAAAGAGUACCUCAGUUUCAUGAACAAAAAGGGAAUUUUUUUUUGUGUUCUGAAUCAUGCAUUAUGUAUUGUACUAACACUACCAGAGACACCAGUGCUUUGGUCCACAUUACUGUUGCAUGCAAAAGAUCCACAUUUUUCUCAUUACACCCAAUUUAAAGAUUAGUUACCUUAUCAAAUAUUUGGCCUCGUUGUGCUAUUGAACUUGGCCAACAUUUUUCAUCUUUCAAGGCAGGGCCAGUCAAAAUGAAUUAAGCACCAAUGGCUAUUACAAUGUGUGACCAAGAUCUGUUCAUUUAUCAGUGAUAUUUGUGACCUUCGGGAUGGGAAGUAUUUGCUAUUUGGACCAAACAUGUUUUUAAUGUUGUUAACUGUAUAGGUAAGAAGUAUCCGUUGAGUCUUUAUAAGGAAAUUCAGAUUUACUGGUGAGGUUAGAUUAGCAUCAUGGCUUACCUCAUCUUAAUUAACUCUAACUAUUGCAAAUCGUGUUUAUGAAAAAAGGAAACUAAUCAUGAAUUCUAUCAUUUCAUUGUAUAAAAAUGUAAUUAUGUUACAGCUGCUAGAAACUGUGAAAGGGAGACAACUGUCAUUUUGUAUAUUUUACUAACCUUGACCUCUCCAGACAAUUGUGCUGUCUGGACAGAUAAGAUACACUGCUAUGGAAGAGAGGGAGUCUAAAAUGCCUGUCAUUUACUUAAGGCCAGUGAAAGGGAGAUUUACUGUGCCCUUUGUUGAUAUGUCAUGUGUUCAGCCAAUGAGACUGGCUCACUCAGUUCCUCAGUGACACUGUGCUGAAUUUUGGUAAUUUACUGAACUCGAGAGAUGGGUUUUGCUAAGACUAACAUUUUAGAAACCCAUCGCAUGAUGACACUUGUCCAAGUGCUUACACAGAACAGUGUUAAUGACUAGACACAUAAACUAGGCCAAAUUGUUUUUCCGUAUGUGAUGGUGAUACCAGACUCAACAAACACUUGAUUUAGUUGGAAAUUGUAAUCCUUACAAAAUUGUUCCUUAAGUGAGUAUUUUUGACAUGACUGACAUUGUGAUUUUAUAUGCAUCUGCAUGGAUGUAUGUGAAAAUUAAGCCAUGAACUUUGGAACCCAGGGUUAGUUCAUUUGUCUGUACCCAACAGGAGGCACUUUAGCCAGGGAAAGUGAUGGCUAAUUAUGAUUUCACUGUUAAUAUCUUGUAAAACUGACAGCAAUAAAACAUU